AUGCUCAAGUUAGAAAGACCGAUUCAUGUCAUUUUUGUUGCUGGUCUUGAUCUCUUCAAUAAAUGUUAUGGUUUGAAAGGAAUGCUACAGACACCUUACAAUGGUAUUGCAGUUGUUUAUCGAUCCGGUGAAGAGGAACAUUUGAUAAAGUCGAUGUGCUCGACUACGUCAGAGAAAUUAUAUUAUGUUCGAGACGAUACUUUUGAGAAUCAAAUCGAAGCAUUAAACGAGAUUAGUUCAACACAAAUCCGACAAAUGAUAAAAAAUAGACAAUCAUGUGAACAUUUAACAUUUUUAUCAGUCUUGAAGUCAAAUACUGUCAUUAUAAUGACAAGUGACACAUCAAAAACUAUUUUUCUUGCUGGUUGUGGUGGUGGUUAUGAUAUAUUUGGCGCUCUACCAUAUUAUUUCAAAAUCAAAUCGAAUGUCACACUAAUUAAUUAUACUUUCACUAAGCAUACUGUUUUGUCUCAAUAUAGUGAACAACUAACCGCUUUACUCUUUCGUAUUGAUCCAAAGACGCAUGUUCCGUGGCUGACCAAUGAUCUUUAUUUUCCUGAACAACGACUUGCUAAUGAACUGCAGGUGCCGAUUUAUGCUAUCUUAUGUGAUUAUGAUCAAACAGAUCGUCAAUCCAUUGUCGAUGCUUACAGAUAUUUAAUCAAUGGACGAACUAUUGAUGAACUGAUUUUAAUCGAUGGUGGUUCAGAUGUUUUAUUAACAGGCAAUGAACUCCUACUGGGUACUCCCGUUGAAGACAUGUCUCAUGCACGUGCUAUUAUCGUGGUUGGUACAAAUCUUGAAGUUGGUCACGGUGUUCUGAAAUCUGAUAUCGAUGCUCGAUUAACUGCUCUUUCUUCUAAUGCAAUUUUCACCUGGUUAUGGCAGUAUGAGCAUGAUGAUGAUAUUCGUCGUUACGUGGAAAUUUUUCAUCGUUGUGCUCCGCGUCAAUCGAUCGUUCAUAGUCUCAUUUGUGCUGCAUUACAAGGUCAUAGAGAAUACUAUGUACCUGAACAUUUACGUGAUCGUAUUACAAAAUCCCUUGUUGAACUGAGUGAAGAAACAUGCCGUUCAGUUGGAUAUCAUUUCGAUGAUGUUAUGCAACACAAUAUUUACUUCAAACGAUUGACAUCGGACAUGAACUUACAUCAAGUGUAUGAUGCUAUAUGUGAUAGCAUAGACGAAGGUUCAUCCAACUUGGAAAAAGCAUCUUCACAGAAAAUGAGUUUAUCACCUCAGAAUUCGCCAUUACCGUACUUUGUACAGGAUGUUUUCUUUACUAGAAAGUGA